AUGGCAUCUAGAUCUCCUCCUUCCUCAGAUGUCGAUCCGUCUGACUGUAAUCAGAUGUUGAAUGCGGUGCUUCAGGCGUUGCAACAACAAAAUGUUACACUAAUUCAGCAGAAUUCCAUAGCCUUGCAGAAUCUGGAAGCUGCGAGAGUGUCUGCUGAGAAUGCCAGAGCGUCGGCCGAUACCACCCAAAGACAGUUCUUGGAUGUGAUGACUAGUGGCAGGAUUCCCACCGGUCCUUCUUCUUCGGCUGCUCCAACUCAAGAAUGGAGUUUGGAAAAUUUCUUGCAGCAUCAUCCCGCCAAGUUUGAUGGCAAGUGCUCGCCAGAUGAAGCCGAUCAGUGGCUUCGUGAUAUGGAGAGAGUCUACAACGCCAAGAGGUGUCCUGAUGAAAACAGGUUGUCCUAUACUGAGUAUCUAUUGACUGGAGGGGCAAGCCACUGGUGGAGCAGUGCACGGAUGAUCUUAGAGGGAACUGGAACCCCUAUCACAUGGGACUUAUUUAAGAAGAAGUUCUAUAAGGAGUACUUCCCUGACACUCUUAGAUAUGCUAAGGAAGUGGAGUUUUUGGAGCUAGUGCAGGGAAAUAUGUCGGUAUCUGAGUAUACUGAUCGCUUCAAACAUCUUCUUAGAUUUAACACCAUGAAAGUGGAUGAAGAGUGGCAAUGCCGCAAGUUCGAAAACGGGUUGCGCGGUGACAUCAAGCUCUUGGUGAGAGGUCACCGUCUGAGAGAGUUUCCAGCUCUUGUGGAAAUGGCUAGGGAUAUGGAGAAGACAAAGAAUGAAUCUGAGAGACAGCAGAGUCGGAAUGGGGGACCAUCUGCAACUCGUAAUGAAGUCAGCAUUAAGAAGACCCCUUAUGCUAGACCAUCAUUUUCUCAUGAGUCUAGGGGUUCAUCCUAUCACCCAUCAGUGCAGGCAGGACCAGCCAGCCCAUCCGGCAUCGUGAGAUGUUAUACCUGUGGAGGACCUCAUUAUCGGAACAACUGCCCUAUGGGAAGGGGAGCAAAGAAGUGUUUCAAGUGCGGCAAAGAGGGGCAUUUUGCUGUAGAAUGUACUUCUACAGUAGUACCAAGUUCUCAGGCACAGAGGACUGGUUUGCCUCCACCCAGGGGAGGUAGCAGACCUCCGACAGUAGGCAGAGUCUACGCCUUGGUGGGAUCAGAGGCAGUCAGCUCAGGUAAUGUUCUCAUCUUUAGUUGUUUAUUUCUUGGUGUGCCUUUUGUUGUUUCUUUUCGAUUGGGUGACAACACACUCCUUCGUAUCGAAGGCAGUUGUUGA